AUGGUGAACCAACGAAUACGACUUGUGUACUACCGAUAUGAGGUCACUUUCGGCCUCUAUGAAUACAAUCAAUUCCCGGAGGAUGUCUGGCCGACUCUGGAAGCACUCCAUCGGCUACCAGGAACCACAGGGGUCCCAGGUCCAGCCAAGAUGUUCCCAGAUUUAACAGCACCGUCGACAGGAACGAGGCUUCGAUUCAUGGGGGCUCAAGGAGAAUAUCAGAAUUCUCUAGAAUCUGCAAGGGCUUGA